AUGCUGGAAUGUGGACAAAUCCAAGGCAUGGCCGACGAGCUCAGUUGUGAACUGGUUCAAAACUACGAACGUGCCCUCGAACAAUCAUCUGCCGCCAACUUGACUGUGCCAAAAGCUUUCAAGUGCAUGGCUUGGGGCUCAGUUGCUGAGUGCAUGGGAUAUCUGCACCGCCGAGCAAUUGAGAAUCGCGGGGCAGUGGAACGAACACAACACAUGGUGACCGCAUUGCGUCGUGAGUUGUGGCGAAGGAUUGUCGGAUGA